AUGCGGCUGCAUCCUUUCGUAUUCCUCGCCGUUACUGCGGCUCCAGCCCGCGCCACUGGUCCUGCAACGGUAUCGAACUCGUCGUUGACGAAAAAAAACAUUACGGCCAGUGACCCUCUCUUUGUGAAUGGCACCAAGGACGCUCCUGCCGACCAGCACGUGAGGGCUCAAGAGAACAAGAGCGCUGAAGAGAGACUUCCAACACCGGAAAUAGCAGAGGUCGUCCCUGUGUCGCUAAACGAGAACAUGAAAGCCAUCAUUUCCAAGCUUCACGGCACCACUGACAAGCAUGGUUCCAUCCCAGCCCAGUGGAGUCUACUCUCUACGAGAGAUGAGAAGGUCUUUGAGCAUGUAUACUCGGAAACCUUGCUGGAUUUUAGAGAGACAGACUUGGACGUACUGAGCGCCAUGCUUGUCACGUAUGAAACCGAGUAUCAAAACGUGAUGGUCAACAAGUUUAAGGAGUGGAUGAAUGAUCAGAAUCCAGAGGAUCUCGUCAAAGUCCUGACGAAAAAUGACUUCUUUGAAGACUUUCACUGCGCAAAAGUGCAAGCGUUGGAGCAGUUUCUCGUGGAGCUAAACGCUGAGAAGGGUACGACGCACACGCUGGUCGGCACGAUCUCGGAAGGCCUUGGUGGUGAAGAUAAAUUGGCAUACAUGCUGUCGCUCGCAAGGCUAAGUCCCUUCACUAAGAAUGCGGCGACUUCGAUUCAACAUAAACUGCUGAGCAGAUGGAAAGAGCAGGGGAAGCCCAUCGAAGGUGUUGUCGAGUUGCUGGGCCUUUCCCCGCAAAAAGAUCAGACUGUGCGUCUUACGUACGAACAGCUAAAUACGCUGGUCGAAUACGGUAAGCUGCUGCUGGAAGAGGAGCCCGUACACGAAGCCCUUUUCUUCGUGGUUCGUUAUCUUAGAAAGACAUUUGGCGACGACGUUAUCGUACAGGCGAUCACGGAUGGAUUGGAGCAUGUUCAAUCUGUCAGGGCGUAUCUUCGUGAAAAGUACGGAGUCAAGAGCAACAAAUUGGAGGGCGUGAGCGACACAGAGACACAGCAGUACGGUGGAAGUCCCAGUGACCUCGAAAGAAUGCUGUAUGCGCAGUUGAAGAUGGUAAAGAAGACGCCAGAAACGUCGGAUGGGAGCCCCUCCGAGCUGUCUGAGAUCCAAGCCAAGCACCUUUGA